UUCCAGUUCGUAUAUCCGUUCGUCUUUGUCUGGUGCCCUGUGCAAGCAAGCAAAACCCCAUCCAUCUGUUUCUCCCCGGAGGCCGGAGCCUCGCCGCCGACGCAGGGGAAGGAGAAGGGAAGGUCCCGGCGGGUCGAGGAGAGCGGAGGAGGAGGAGGAUGGGCGAGUUCGACGACUACUGGGCGCGGGCGUACAGGGGCGACUCCGGGGUCCCGCACUCCGACCCGCAGCGCCUCGUCUCCACCUGGACCGGCGCCUUCGCCCUCGGCGCCGCCGCCUGCGUCCACCACCACGCCUCCGCGCUCGCCUCCCACAUCAAGUCCCUCCCCGCCGCUUGGCAGGACAUGACGAUGAUGCUUGAUCAAAAGCGCUGGAAGAAAAUCCUCGAGAAGAAGCAACAGAAAGCUUAAGAUCAUUAUACCUCCAAGCUUCUCCAGCCGGUUCGAUGAGUUUGUCUCUAAGUCAUGAGUUGUGGUGCAGAAAGUUUCAGAGCGACCAACUUUUGGUUUUCCUGCGUAGUGUUAGAAAUUGCCUGUCAAAACGGAUUUAUUGUGUUAAGCAGCCCAUAUUGUGCUGUUUAACUCCAGCACAAAUCCUCAAGAUCAGUGCUGGAUGAUUUGUUCAUCCUUAAAAUCUUUGUUACUUUUGACCAUGCAACAUAUCAUUAAAUCUGCGGCAUUCAUUAUAUUUUCAUGUUA